CUUGAGCAGCAGCAAGCGCUUUCCCUGCUCAAGCGCCCGCGACGUGCCAACAAGGGAUUCCUGGAAGAGAUGCUCAAAGGCAACCUGGAACGGGAGUGUCUAGAAGAGAAAUGUAGCUAUGAGGAAGCCUAUGAAGCCCUCGAGUCCACUGUUCGCACGGAUGAAUUCUGGAGGAAAUACAGGGAAUGUGAAUCCCAGAGGAAGCUCAGGACAACUCUGGAUGAGUGUCUGGCAGGAAACUGUGUCUCAGGCAGUGGGCAGAACUAUCAAGGGACAAUUUCUGUCACCAAGUCGGGGAUUGAAUGUCAGUUCUGGACAAGCAAAUUCCCUCACAGACCUGAGUUUAACAUCACCACCCAUCCGGAUGCCAAUCUCACCAAGAAUUACUGCAGGAACCCAGACAACAACCCAAAUGGCCCCUGGUGCUAUACCCGAGACCCAGCAGUGCGAUGGGAAGAGUGUGCUGUUCCAGUGUGUGGUCAAGACAAGACCACAGUUCCAUUUAUUCCCCGGACUCCUCCACUGGACAGAACACAGGAGCCAUGUGAAACGGACAAAGGGCUGUAUUACGAUGGGAAUCUCUCUGUCACCGUCUCGGGGGCCAAGUGUUUGCCAUGGGCCUCAGACAAAGCAAAGGAGCUGUCCCAUGGAAUUAUGUUUCUCCCAGAAGUGAAGCUGGUGGAGAAUUAUUGCCGGAAUCCUGAUGGAGAUGAUGAAGGUGUCUGGUGUUAUGUGGAUCAUCCAAAUACUACCUUUGAGUACUGUGACCUGCACUACUGUGCGAGGUCUUUGGAUGAGAUGGACGAUGUAAUAGCAGGGCGGACCAUUACCCAAGAGCACCAAACCUUCUUUGAUGUUACAACUUUUGGUUCAGGUGAAGCAGAUUGUGGCAUCCGUCCCCUGUUUGAGAAGAAAAAGAUUUCUGAUAAGAGUGAGCAGGAGCUGUUGGCAUCCUACAUUGGGGGCCGGAUUGUAAAGGGGGAAAAUGCAGAAGUUGGCAGUGCCCCCUGGCAGGUGAUGCUUUUCAGGAAGAGUCCACAGGAGUUGCUGUGUGGUGCCAGCCUCAUCAGUGACCGCUGGGUCCUUACUGCUGCCCACUGCCUCUUUUACCCACCCUGGGACAAGAACUUCACCAAAGAUGACAUCUUGGUGCGGAUUGGGAAGCACCAUAGAACAAAGUAUGAGAGGAACAUAGAGAAAAUCGCCAUGCUGGAUAAAAUCAUCAUCCAUCCCAAGUACAACUGGAAAGAGAACCUGGACCGAGACAUUGCACUGAUGCUCCUGAAGAAACCCAUAGUCUUCAGCGACCACAUCCACCCUGUGUGCCUGCCCACCAGGGAGCUGGUACAGAGCCUGAUGCUGACAGGAUUCAAAGGGCGGGUAUCUGGAUGGGGAAAUCUGUAUGAGACCUGGAGCUCUGGCACAGCUGCACUGCCCUCAGUUCUGCAACAGGUGAACCUCCCCAUAGUCAGCCAGGAUACCUGCAAGGCAUCCACUAACAUCAAACUCACUGACAACAUGUUCUGUGCAGGAUACAGUCCUGAAGACUCCAAGAGAGGGGAUGCUUGUGAGGGGGACAGUGGAGGCCCUUUUGUCAUGAAGCCCACAGUGAAGUUGUGACAGACAUGCAUUGCUCUGCCUAUGACGGAGAUCCAGCACCAAAGACGGCAUUGAUGGGACAUCUUAUUGAAGCUCAGGUCUUCUUUAUCACAGCUAAGAGAAGGUACACUAACUGAAUUAAUAACCAGACAAGCCAAUCAGCAUCCAGGACUCCCAGAGGGUCUUGAAACACUUUCAUGUUAGAGAUUAGAUUCCCUUUAGGUGGAACAUUCUAUUACAUAAGUUUCACCAGGGGCCUUUUCUCCAAAAAUCAGAAUGAUCUAAAAUACAUUGACAUGUGGUUCAAGAUACAGUUACUAAGCUUUGUUUGUGAUAUGAGUAUGUAUCCCCAAGCUCUGAGAUUCAAAAUGCUCAUCUAGCUGGCCUCUGUACACUGGCCCUAUCAAAUUAAGAAUGGAUUCUAAUCAAUACCAAGUUUAAUGCAACACAUGGGAAUGGAGUUCUAAUAUUUUCAGCAGUUGCCCAGCAUGGAAUUGCCAUGUCUGCUAGCAGUUUGGGUUGUAGUUGUUCUUGGUAGAAGCCCUCUAUUCUUGUAAUUUUAGUCUCAGUUAUUUACAAAUACUUAGAACUGGCCAGCAUAAAAAGUCAGGCACUCAGAGGGAAUGAUUAAGGCAGAAGUUAGAAAGAUACAAGAGCCCUGCUACCAAGGAGUUAGUGGACAGUACUUACAUCCUAUAAGUGCGAAACAUAAUUCUGUCCAUGGAGAAGCAGUGAAAGAAGGCACAAGACCAUUUAGAAAGGAUUCAAGAGACAGACAAGACAAAACAAUGAAGAGAGAUUCAAACAAACACACACUUUGUUUUACAAUAUUUGCCCAGACAGUUUUCACAACAUGCAAAGACAAUGACUACAAGAACUAAGGUAACACU